AUGAAGUUUGGUAGAAAUCUCCCUCGUAACCAAGUCCCCGAGUGGGCAUCCUCGUAUAUCGACUACAAGGGUCUGAAGAAAUUGAUCAAGGCAGCGGCCGAAAAGGGUGCGCAGACGGGCAAGAAGGCGGAUCUAGCAGAAUUCUUCUACGCCCUGGACCGUAAUCUGGAAGACGUCGAUUCCUUCUACAACAAGAAAUUUGGCGAGUCGCACCGAAGACUCAAGCUUCUCCAGGAUCGCUAUGGCAGGAGCCCCGAAGUGGUGUCCGACCUCGACGAUGACGAGGUGGAAGAGCUUAUGGGAGCACUCCUUGAGUUGCGGAAUCAGCUCAGAAAUCUCCAGUGGUUCGGCGAAAUCAACCGCAGAGGUUUCGUCAAGAUCACGAAGAAGCUGGAUAAGAAGAUUCCAGAUACAACUACCCAACAUCGGUAUAUCACAACCAAGGUAGACCCCAGGCCGUUUGCGAAAGACACUACGAUCGCUCGGCUGGUCAACGAGAUCAACAAGUGGCUGUCGGUGCUCGGUGACAACCAGAACAUCGAUGAUGCCAAGUCUGAUAGAUCUGCGCGGUCUGCGCGGUCACUUGGAAGAGCAUCCGCGAAAGCGAUGCUGAGUGUGCCACAAUCAGUUUUCGACACACUCGAGCAGGCUGUUAGGAGCGAUGACGUAGCGAAACUUCAGACCAGCCUCUUGGAAGGCAACCUGGUGUCGCUAGACCAGUCUUCUCAGCAAAUGCUGCUCAACCUGCUCCAGCGAUCAAUCUCAUCUCGUUCCAAGGCCUGCAUUGCGUAUCUGCUCCAACAGAUCAGGUCACUUGACGAAGCGGAUGAUCUGAACGAGCGCAACUGCAUCCACCGUCUUGUCAUUCAUAUUGGACGGACAAAGUCCGCGAAUGCUGGAGAUUUGGAGCCAAAUGCCGUGCCCUUUCCUGUGAGUUCGCAUUACAAUAGCCACUAUGCGACUCCCAAUCAGCCCGCCAUACCGUCGCAGAACGGAGGUGCUACAACGCUUCUUAGCAAAGACGAUGAAGCUGUGCAAGUCUUGUCAUACCUUCUGGAUUGCCUACAGCCCGAACAGCGCCCGGCUCUCGUCAAACGAGACUCAUUAGGCCGCUGGCCUCUGCACUACGCUGCUCAGUUCGGUUUUGUGGUCGUGUGCGAAGUCAUCAUGGCCAAGAUGCAGCAGUGGGAUCAAUUCCACGUUGGGAGUGGUAUUGAUGGUCCCGAUUGGCAGGAUAACGAAGGCAGCGCACCUCUUCAUCUUGCUGUGUUUGGCGGUCAUCCCCUUACGACUCAAGCGCUGCUCCGAGGUGAGAACUGGCGUGGAGAAGCUGACGCUGUUUUUGAUGGACGUGGCGCUGUAUCCAAGUCCAGUGUUGUUUUGGCGAUUGCCGUCAGAUCAAAUUACACGGCCAUUGUCAAGAUGCUUGUCAAAGCAGGCGUCGAUAUCAACUGGCAGGACGAGACCGGUGAAACAGCGCUUCAUAUCGCCGCCCGCUUUGGUCAUCUGGAGUGCGCUAAGAUCCUCCUUGAUGGCUUCUCUGACCACAGAGCCAAUAUGGAACUAGUUGAAAAGUCGUUCUCUUGGACGCCACUGCAUAUUGCUGCUGUCGACGGUCAACUCCCUGUGGCGAAGAUCCUUGUGGAAGCAGGAGCCGAGGCUAAUAGGAUGGAUGCGUUCGGUUGGACUGCUAAAGAGCAUGCUGCUCUUAGAGGACACAUCGACAUCGCCAACCUGUUGUUGCAGUACACCAAGGAGGAAGAGCAAGCCUCCAACUCCGACGAUGAAGAGACUGCUAGGGCCAGUCCUACGCCCCCAGAAACUUGUUCACUUGAAGACAGAACGUCUACGGGAAGCACACGCGUCCCUGACCCAGUCAAAUCGUUCGGCCAUCGGUACCUCAGGGAUUCCAGCUUGGUCUUGGUCAGCUUGGGAUCUAUGGACAUGCGGAAGAACAUCAGCGCCGUGACGCUGGAUCGUGUCCCCUUGGCCGAGGCACACACAAACCAGCUUGAUACUGCGUUGUCUAUCGUGGUAUCUGCUCAAGGGGCACAGGGCGAACCCACAAUCGUCGACCUUCCAGUGCAUGACAACAUUGCCACGGAGCCCAUUCUCUUCAACACGACAGACAUUGCCAAGGUCAAGCUGAUGUUCGACAUUGUACCCACUUACUCUGGAAACGAGAAGAACAAGGUCGGCCGUGCAGUUGCCCUGCUUUCGUCAAUCAAGCCUUCCCUCGGAACCAAUCGAAUGAACCUCCAAGGUGACGUGUGCGUUCCUAUCAUGAACGCAAGCCUGGAGGUCAUCGGGACAGUCAACUUCAACUUCCUGAUCAUCACUCCCUUCUCUCAUCCUAGAAUGGGGAUCAACUCCAAGCAGACGUAUUGGAAGAAGAUGUCUUCCGAGACUAUGGUUAUUGGCCACCGCGGUCUAGGCAAAAAUCUGGUGACGAACAAGUCCUUGCAGCUCGGAGAGAACACAGUUCCGUCUUUCAUUGCCGCUGCCAACCUGGGCGCCAACUACGUUGAGUUCGAUGUCCAGCUCACCAAGGAUCAUGUACCUGUGAUCUACCACGACUUCUUGGUCAGUGAGACGGGUAUAGAUGCGCCCGUGCACACCCUCACUUUAGAGCAGUUCCUGCACAUCAACCCCGAGCGCUCGGAGCAUGCACCGGAGGUGAUCAGACAUGAUCUAGAUGUUGUUCGUAACAACCAACCUGGGUCGCGCCAGAGGUCUCAAUCUAUGGGCUUUGCGGGCGACGGUCUUAACAGCCUGGAGGAACGCAUGAAGCACACGAGAGAUUACAAGGCCAAGGGCUUCAAGGCCAACUCGCGAGGCAACUUUAUCCAGGCGCCCUUUGCCACGCUGGAGGAUCUCUUCAAGAAUCUGAGAGAAGACAUUGGCUUCAACAUAGAGUUGAAGUAUCCCAUGUUGCAUGAGACGGAGGAGCAGGGAAUGGACACGUAUACGGUCGAGAUCAACUCGUUCUGCGACACGAUUCUGUCCAAGGUCUACGACCUGACCAAGGAUCGCAACAUCAUCUUCAGCAGCUUCAACCCGGAUAUCUGCCUCUGCCUCAGCUUCAAGCAGCCCAGUAUUCCGAUCAUGUUCCUGUCGGAUGCUGGUACGAGUCCUGUUGGUGACAUUCGGGCCAGCAGUCUACAGGAGGCCAUCCGCUUCGCCAGCCGCUGGAAUCUGCUCGGCAUUGUGAGCACUUCUCAGCCGUUUGUCAACAGCCCCCGGCUUGUCAGGGUGGUGAAGCAGAGCGGUCUGGUCUGCGUCAGUUACGGCGCACAAAAUAAUGACCCAAAGUUGGUACAGCGGCAAGUCAACGAGGGUAUAGACGCGGUGAUUGUAGACAACGUCCUUGCAAUCCGCAAGGGGUUGACGGCGGCCCAGGAGAAGACGUUGCCCAUACACAACGGAGCUCAGAAUGGGGCUGACGCGGUACUGAAAACUAACGGCACUCCAAGCGGCACUGUCGCUUAG